AGCCUGGGCUUAUCCAUUUUUUUUGCCGGGGAUGUGAUACGAGGCAGUGCGUUAGUGGUUUCCCAAUGACGACAUCGGACAUGUGCAAAAGAGCUUGUAGUGAGCAUGUGCAGCCGGCCAGGCUCCCGGCAGGUGAAGGAGUCAGUGUGGAUAGAGCAACAGAGCCAGGAUGGACAUCUCCGUUCUGCCCAACAACAAUCAUCCGGAGAAGUUCCUCCAGCUGGACGUUGGGAUGCUGCCGGCCACACACGGCAUGUUCCAGGUUGGGGCAGUCAUGUCCAGUCAGAGACACUGGCAGAACAGGGUCUACUCCCAGAGGGAGGAUAGUGAAAGCCGGUCUCCUCCGUCCCCAGAAGGCACACCUGUGGUGUUUGUGGACAGAUACCUGGAGAAGCAUAUCACUCCUGUCACUCUGAAGUCCAACAUUAAAAGGAACCCUCUGUACAUGGACAUAAGAUCAAUGGAGGUAGUAGACAGCAAGAAGACCACCAAGCCUUCUUGGACUGUGAAGGAGUAUGACACACAAACAAUCCAUGGCAACCUUGCGGGUUAUUUAAAGGAGGAAGAGAAGACUCCUAAAGAUCUGGACUUUUGGCUUGAGGAUCUCUACACGCCAGGAUUUGACUCUUUACUGAAGAAGAAAGAAGCAGAACACAAAAGAAAAAGACUUUGUAAAAUUCUUUUUUCAGUCAUUUUGUCCAUUUGUGCGAUACUUAUUGUUAUCAUAGUGCCAGUUGUGGUUCUACAGAAGAAAAACUGAUUUAUGAAGACAUUGCCAUUGUAUAGUGCAACUUUUAGAACCUCACCUUCAUGUAGUGGUCACAUAUUGUUCUGUUCUUAUUUUAGAAGAAAACUAGAAAACUUGGCUGGAGUCAGCAGUCAUAAUGGACAUGUUUUGGCUGCACAGCCUAUGGGGACUAUGAAUUAGAGCCCUGCACAGGUCACAAACCUCAGCCCUAGCCCGGUCCUGGCCCACACUUAUAAUAACCAUCUAAGCCAGUCAGUGUGCAAUUGCCUGUAAGGAUUGCGUCAUAGCCGUUUCGUGCUGCAGGUUCCCGUACUCUCAUUCAAUUAUGGAC